AUGAGUGACAAGGAUGGCCGUGUUAAAUCGUGGCUUGAAAGUCACAGAGACACAGACUGCUACCUGGACAAUGACAGCAGCUGCUCUUUGGCUGAGCACGAUCCUUCACAGCGUGGAGCUCAGGGUCGUGCCAGUCUGGACUCUGACACCAACCUCUUCCCGCUUAUGGAGACUAAGUUGUACCUGCGGCGUUGGCUCAUGCUCCUGAUCUUCUGUCUGUUCUCCAUGACUAACGCCUUCAUGUGGCUCCAGUACAGCAUCAUCAGCAACAUCUUCAUGCACUUCUACAGUGUCGACUCUCUGGCCCUGGACUGGCUCUCCAUGAUCUACUUCCUCACCUACAUCCCGUUCAUCUGGCCUGUGACAUGGCUGCUGGACAAGCGUGGCCUCAGGGACAUUGUGCUGGUAGGCUCGGCCUUCAACUGCAUCGGUGCCUGGAUCAAAACGGGCACCGCAGAGCCAAACAUGUUUCCUAUGACCUUCUUUGGUCAGUUUGUGUGUUCACUGGCCACAGUUUACCUUCUCGGUAUCCCGUCUAGACUGGCAUCUCUGUGGUUCGGGCAACAGGAGGUGUCCACAGCCUGUUCCAUUGGGGUUCUUGGAAAUCAGAUGGGCAUUGCAGUGGGCUUUCUGGUUCCCCCCAUGCUCGUCCCAAACGUGGAGGACAAAGCAGAGCUGGCGGAGCAUAUCAGAGUCAUGUUCUACAUCACUGCUGGAGUUUCAACAGUCCUCUUUGUCCUCGUUGCCCUCGUCUUCCAGGAUAAACCUGAGCUCCCGCCCAGCCAGGCCCAGGCCCAGGCCAGAAGCAUCCAUCCUGAUGAAUAUUCUUAUACUGCUUCAAUAUUGAGGUUACUGAAAAACAAGCCCUUCAUGCUUCUGGUGCUCAGCUAUGGACUCAAUGUUGGCUGUUUUUAUGCUGUGUCAACACUGCUGAAUCGAAUCAUUGUUGAACAUUAUCCAGGUGAAGAGGUGAAUGCUGGAAGAAUUGGUUUGACGAUUGUCAUUGCUGGUAUGGUGGGGUCCCUCAUAUGUGGCAUCUGGCUUGAUAAGACAAAGACCUACAAACAGACCACAUUGGUAGUGUACCUCCUCUCUCUCUGUGGGAUGCUGGUUUUUGCCUUCACCUUAAACUUGGGACGUCUCUGGCUGGUGUUUGUGACCGCAGGUGUUUUAGGAUUUUUUAUGACCGGCUAUCUGCCUCUGGGCUUUGAGUUUGCUGUGGAGCUGACGUUUCCAGAGUCAGAGGGAACUUCGUCUGGGCUUCUCAACUGCUCUGCUCAGAUCCUCGGGAUCAUUUUCACCAUAUUGCAAGGAAAAAUUAUUGAUAAAUGGGGCACUUUUGCUGGUAACAUAUUUCUGGCUUUCAUGUUACUCAUUGGAACUGCAGUAACCGCUCUGAUUAAAGCCGAUCUGCGGAGACUGAAGGCCAACAUCCAGAAUCCACCUGCAGGCCCUGAGGCUUCCCUUCAGGAUUAUGGUGCCACGUCCUGCAGCGCCCUCUGGCGGCUGCUCACAUAUUAA